GAAGAGGCAUUAAAUCACAGGAACGAGCCUGGUCCAAUUUUCCCAUCGGAAUUCCCCCGACACCGUCGCCCGGCUCUGCGUAGUGAGCAACUGAACGUGUGAAGGCACGAUGACCGACAUCUCCAACGACUUUGGCACUUUUCUCGACCAGUUUCGUCGCCAAGAUGAGCAGAACGUGGGAUGGAUGACUGUUCGCUGCCCUCACCAUGGCAAUACCUCGCAGAUGGUGUGCUGAUAUGUUACAAAAUUGCGUUGCAGACCUUCCACAAGGAGCUCCAGAGAUUGGCCCAGAAGUAUCGUGACGUUUGCCGCGACCUCGAGCGUGAGCGAGUAGCCGGGCGCCAUACCCAGGAGAAGGCCGAGCAGUUGGACCAAGAUCUCAAGACUUUGGAAGAGUCUGUGGUACGUGCUGCAAAAAUAAAGGAAGGGAGAAAGGGAGAUGGAAAGGCGGUCGCUAAGAGAAAGCAGCUCCGAAGCGCAUUUGUGCUUGUGCUGAUUGAUGCUGACGCUGAUGAGUACCUGUUUGACGACAAGUACUAUAUCGGCGACCCUGCCGAUGGGGGAAAGCGGGCGGCUGUUGACCUCAAGGCCGCGGUGCGACAAUACUUGAAGUCGACCGACGCCAGUUUGGCUGGUCUGCCCAUCAUCGUCAAGGCGUUUGCCUCCGGCGAGGGCUUGGCCAUUCUUUUUGCAAAGGCAGGUAUUGCCACGCAGGAGAAUGCUCGAUACGCUGUGUCGCGUUUCACUUCUGGGUUUUCCCAGGGGGACGAACUGUUUGACUUCGUUCUCGUUGGGAAGGGGAAAGAUCGAGCAGAUCAUAAGUUGAUGGGUGCAUUCCGACUGUUCGAAGGAAAUCCGUCUUGUCAGCGCAUCCUUCUUGCUGGCUGCCAUGACAACGGUUAUGUUCGCCUGCUCGAGAAGUACAUCGACAGUCCCGCCGUUGUGGCGAAAGUGACUCUGCUCAAGUCGUUUCAAACCGGCCACGAGUAUGCCACGCUGCCGUAUGAAUCCACGACGAUGGAGACUCUCUUCAGGAACCGCCCACUUGGAGAAAUGCCUCGUUCCACGGCGCCAACUCACAUCAGUGCUACCAGAGGUACUACUGACCAGAUGAAGUCUGCGCAAGUUAAUGGUGGUGGGUCAACUCGCGAGGCUCCCGGGCCCGCCACUGCGGCAGCAUCAGCGCAAGCCCCAGCCAAGUCACCAACGACGUAUGCCGCACAGCUGGCUGCCACUCCUUCAGGGCGGCCACUUCCAUUGUUCGGAAACCUGGGGCAAGGAAUGAUUCUUGUGAACGCCGAGGGUCUCCGGGUUGACUGCCCUUUGCCUGCCAAACCCACGAACGCCACCAAUGCGAUGCACCAGAAAACAGCAGUGGGAGGAAGACGGUAUUGCAACAUGUACCACCUGUAUGGGCGCUGUGGGGGAGGUUGCGGCUACCUUCAUGAAUACCUGAGCCCUGCCGAAAAGCUCGUUAUCAGGCACCGACGGCGAGGGGAGAUGUGCCAUGAACGAGGACUGUGUCGGGAUCCGAGGUGUUUCUACGGGCACCAUUGCUCGUGCUCGAAGGUCUGGAAAUGCUCUUUCCCAGCAAAUAUGCACAAUGUGGAUGUCUCCACGUGGGAGGAAGUGGCUACUGCUUGACGGCUGUCAUGAAGUGGAAGGGGGCAAAAGGAAGGGACCUCGGUGGUGGAGCCCGUUGUCUUUCUUGGUCUUCAGGAUGGCAGUAUGGAUGGAAACUACACAACCCAUUCCCUUCUUUUGGCCUCAUCAGUUUGUCUCUCGUCCUUGUGGUGUGUAUUUUCUUUGGCUAUGACUGUCUCACCGUCAGAUGCACGGCACUUCUGGUCGUAAGCUGGCUCGGGUGAGAGACAGGUAGAAUGUGAAGCAUCUCUGUUCCGUGGCGUCUUCCGAUACCUUC